CUUCAAUUAGGUAAUUAUCAAAAUGUUUUCCUUAAUCAGAAAGAAGUACUCUGGGACUUUCAUAGUGGCAAUAAUUUUUCUAUAAGAAAUAAGGCCACUAAUAAGGCUGAAGUAUUUAACAAGACAUGUGCUUCUGGCUAUCAA